GAAAACCGGCGGAAGGUAAAUAACUCAUAACAGACCUUUUUCUUAAACCCUAUUUUACGUUCAGCCACACCUCCUCACAUUAACAGCAACGACACCCCGACCCGCCGCACGCCGCUCCUGUCCGCCGCAGGCUCAGUGUCUGCCGCCGUACGCUGCACUCUUGUCUGCCGCAUUCUCGGCCUUCCGACGAACUCCCCGCCUAUCUCUCCCUCUCACACUCUCUCGCCUCUCCAAGCAAUCAAAGUUACUUAUCUCUGUUGUUUUUUUCCCUUCAGAAAUAGAAACAGUGGUUCAGCCCCGCCGUUGGUGAGAUAGCACCGCCCCUCACGCCUACUGCCGCUCUUUUUUCAGAUCCCAAGGAGUUUUUAACGAAGGUAAGUAAAGGAAACGGUGCAGGCAGCCAUUUCUCUUAGCAGUUCGAAACAGGAAUUUUAGUACUAAAGAACAGAAGAUUAAGAUGCCUCUUUAUGAUUGUAUGCUUUUGAUGAAACCCCAUGUGAAGAAGGAGGCCUUGUUGGACUUGGUUGCUAGAGUUGGCAAGCAUGUGUUCAGAAGAAAUGGGGUUGUCUGUGACAUUAAGUCAUUUGGUGUUGUCCAACUGGGUUAUGGUAUUAAGAAGCUUGAAGGAAGAUAUUAUCAGGGCCAACUUAUGCAGAUGACGAUGAUGGCUACUCCCAACGUGAACAAGGAGUUGCAUUACUUGAACAAGGAAGAUCGGUUGUUGCGUUGGCUUUUAGUGAAGCAUCGCGACACAAAAUAUGGCCUGGAAUUCCUUAGCGAAGAAGAUGGAAAGAGUGAACUCGGCAAAUUUCCUCGACUUGAUAUGUUGGAUGACAAAGACGAAGAUGAAGAUGAAGGCGAUGACGAUGACAAUGACGAUGAAGAAUACAAUGUGGAACAAGAAAAGAGGGAAGCAGAGUGAAUUUUGCUCGUCUCUAUUAUCAUGGCCCUACUUUGAAAUUGUUGCAGGACCUCUGGUACCAUUUUUGGAUUUUAGACAGGAGACGAAUAAAGUUUAGUUGUCCAUAUCAGCUGUUUCUAAGUAACAUAAGUUCCAUAAAUGUCUUUUUCUCAAACUUACAUUAGAAUGGGAUGUUUGGGGUGGUGUUUUCCAGGUCGUGGGUUUCAGCUCUAAACGAAAAGUUCAAGAAAUGAAAAUCCUUGUCUGUCUUUUAAAGCUGGUAUACUGUAAUCUUGCUUGUAUUGACAUUGUAUGGAAUGAAACUGAAGCAAAUAUGAGGUUUGUUUAAGAUCUGGUUGAGAUCAUCCAGACACGUUUGCUUCAAGAGAGAUUCAAUUCAAAUAUGGUUGUGGUUCUUGA